GGUUUAACCGCUGAUUAAAAGUAGUGCAGUCAUGAAAGGGGUCUUAAGCAACGAAUGAGUCACCUUUGCUCCUCAAAAUGUCUGCAAUUCUUAUGAUACUUUACGGUGGCAAAACUGACCUGUAACAUACAGAGAUUCUCUUACUAUAAAAUGCCCCAUGGUCGCGGAUUGAUUUUGUGUUUCUAGAAAUGAAUGGGUGAAAGGUCAAAGGUAAACCCGGAAGUGAGGAGAGGACAGUGUAGGGAGGGCGAAACGCCGCUUGUUUCUCGGACACUCGCUGUUUGUAAGGCUUUGUGGUGCUACACAGCGUCUUACAGCUGUAACCAUGGCCACCAAAGAAGACCCGUCGUCUGAUUCUGAUCAUGAUCAAUUUGAGGAUGCUUUGGAGGAAAUCCAAACAAACUCCUCCCGCCAUCAGAAAACAAACCCCGCAGAAGGCAAAGGCAAGAAAACUGAAGAUGGAUCUGGCAGUUCAGAACAUCAGACAAACCAGAAACCUCUAGAUAUGAACAAUGUCAAGAAUGAUGAUGUUACUACAACUGAACUUCUCACUGGUGAAAUGGUUCCCAAAACGGCUGGAAAUCAGGAAAUGAAAAGGAAUGAUGGUACUGAAGAUUCUUUCUUUGACAGCACCACAAACAUACAAUCAGGACAGUCAGGAGAGGUUAAUCAAUGUAGAGAAGAUAAUCACCAUGAGGAGGGAAACAAAGAGGGUGUGACGGGAAACAAAACAGUGGAUGAAUCCCAGAAUGAAGAGAUGACUGCAAAUAAGAAUGAAGAAGAAUAUGAAUCAAAUGUAUUUGUUGAGGAAGGAGAUGAUGCAAGAAAUAGUGGAGAAAUGGAAGAAGUCACAAGAGAUGAUGACAUAAACCCAAAACCCUUUACACGGUUGUCGGAGAGACUGAAUGAAAGAGAAACUGAAGCUUGGGAACAAGCAGAGGAUGAAGCAGCAGCAGUAGAGGAGGAUGAAGAGAAGGAGGAAGAGAUCUUUGUGGAUGAGGAAUACAAGAAGGAGAUGGAAAAGGACAUGACAGAAGAAGAAAAAGAGACAAGGAGGCUGGAAGCAGCAGACUUAAAAGCCCAGGGAAAUGAACACUUCAAAAAAGGAGACUUCACCACAGCAAUGCAGACAUACACCCAGGCCCUGGUGCUGUGUCCGCUGUGUUACGAACAGGACAGAGCCAUCAUGUACAGCAACAGGGCAGCAUGCAGAGUCAAGCUGGAAGAAAAUGAAAUGGCUGUUGAAGAUUGCUCUAAAGCCCUGGAACUGCAGCCUGACUACGUGCGAGCACUGCUGAGACGUGCACAGACAUACGAGGGUCUGGAGAAGCUGGACGAGGCCCUGACAGACUACCAGCGAGUGGUGGAACUGGACCGGUCCUGCCAUGUGGCCAGGGCUGCCUGCAUGAGACUUCCCGAUGAAAUCAAGGAGAGGAAUGAGAAAAUGAAGGCAGAAAUGAUGGAUAAACUGAAGGAUCUGGGCAACAUGGUGUUGAGGCCAUUUGGCCUGUCCACAGCGAACUUCCGUGUGGACCAGAACCCGGACAGUGGGUCCUACAACAUCCAGUUUGUACAGAACCCAAACAACAAUGACGAGUAAAAGGGAAGAUAUAGGGGACAUGGAUUACUACACCAUGCUUCUAACAGCCCUCCCACUGAGCUCCUUUUGGUAGUUACAGGAAUGGCAAUGGUUUUCUCCAAUUAAGAGUUGUAUAAUGACCAAAGGCUCCUGGACAGGAGGCCCAAUCAGCCCCUGUCACAGGAGACUGUGUAACACAGUUGUGGACAUGUAAGCAAAUUUUGUGCAUGACAUCUGGACAGCUUGUUGCAUUGUUCUCUUUGAAUUAAUUUUAGGAGACAAGGCACUGAUCACUUCUGUAUGAGAGACAUGAAUGCUGUUGCAGUAUACAGUAUAAACUAGACAUGAAAUAUUUUAUGGCCAUGCUACUGGUGCAUAAGUCUCCCUCACAUCAUGAUUUGAAGCCCUUUUGCAACUUUGCCAUUGAAUGUUCUAGAUAGUGUAGUUCACUUUGCACACAUAUGUGCAGAUCAGCAUUUAAAGCAAGAAAGUUCAGUCCAGUAAGGCUAAGAUAAUUCUGGAAAUCUUGUCAUCCUGUUGUGCCCAAUGUUGACACAUUCUGGACCACCCGUGUCUUGGAUGUUGUGUUUACCAUAUUGUUCUAAUAGCAAGGGACCUCUCCGUUUUAUUUUACUUCUUCUCAACUGGAUUUGUCAUAAAUGGCUGGAUCUUACAGAACAGCUUUGUUAUGGACUGUAGUUUAUAUGCACAAAUAAAUGACCAAGUGACUUU